UGAGCGAAUCAGUGGAGUUGCAGAGUUCGCGAAGUACGCAUAUCGCCUUUUUGUUGUGUAAAAGUGAUUUUGCUUUGAAAGUUCGACUUGUUCCAAAGUCCAUCGUCGUCUGCAUUGUUUUUUGUUUUGCAGUUUAGUUCUUUGGGUUUGCUCAAUUUACGGUGAAGAAUUUUGUUGAAAUUUCGAUAGUUCAAGCGUCCAAAAGGUCAAGUGGGAUUAGAAUCUGCAGCAGAAGAGAAAGAUGGUUUCUGCCGACGGAAAUCAACUGCGUUACGAUGGCCGCGUUGUGGUUGUCACCGGUGCCGGAGCCGGGUUGGGCCGGGAGUACGCCCUGCUGUUUGCAUCCCGCGGGGCCAAAGUGGUGGUGAAUGACUUGGGCGGAAACUUCCACGGCCAGGGAAAAUCCAAUGCGGCCGACAAGGUGGUGGAGGAAAUCCGGGCGGCCGGUGGAACCGCCUUGGCCGAUUAUAAUUCCGUAGUCGAUGGCGAAAAGAUCGUCCAAACGGCGAUGGAAGCUUUCGGCCGGAUCGACGUUCUGAUCAACAAUGCGGGCAUUCUGCGGGACCGGAGCCUGGCUCGGAUUUCCGACGAAGAUUGGAACCUGAUUCACGAUGUGCACAUGAAGGGUAGUUUUAUGACCACCCGGGCAGCUUGGCCCAUUAUGAAGAAGCAGAACUAUGGACGCAUCAUUAUGACUUCGAGCAAUUCCGGUGUGUAUGGAAAUUUUGGCCAGGCCAACUACAGCGCGGCCAAGCUGGGCCUGGUGGGGCUGGCCAAUACGGUAGCUAUCGAAGGACAGAAGAACAACAUCCACUGUAACGUUAUUGUGCCGACGGCGGCCUCCCGGAUGACGGAAGGAAUUUUGCCGGACAUUCUGUUCAACGAAUUGAAACCGAAAUUGAUUGCUCCGGUUGUUGCAUACCUGUGCCAUGAGUCCAACGAAGACAACGGUGCCAUCAUCGAAAGCGCAGCCGGUUGGGCAACGAAAGUCCACUUCGUGCGCGGAAAGGGUAGCGUGUUGCGCACUUCAAUUGAUGAGGACGUAACACCGGAAUACGUUCGUAACGUUUGGGACAAAGUAACCGACAUGUCCGAAGCGAAGCACCUGAAUGCCAUCGGUGAGGCUAGCCUAUCUUUGGUGGGCGUGUUGGAGAAGCUGCGCGAGGGAAAGUCGGCGGAAAAUUCCAUCAGUGAUACCUUCAAGUUCAACUAUAAGGACGUCAUUCUGUACGCUUUGGGAGUCGGGGCGACCGUCACCGAUGAGAGCGAUCUACGAUUCUUGUAUGAGAAUCAUCCCGAUUUUUCAGUACUGCCGACGUUCUUCAUUCUCCCUGGCUUGUUGUCGGUGAUGGGUUCCGAUCUUACCGCCAAGGCCAUUCCACAUGCCAAGUUUGAUUUGACAAAUAUUCUUCACGGUGAACAGUACAUCGAGCUGUUUGAUUCGGUUCCGACGGACGGUGUGCUAACAACCACGACCACCGUGAUCGACGUGCUGGAUAAGAAAUCCGGUGCCCUAGUCGUGACACAAUCCGAAUCGUUCGACGAAAACGGUGCGCUGGUAGCACGAGGCCAGAGCAGCACCUUCGUCGUUGGCGUCGGUAAUUUUGGCGGUAAAGCUAAGGCAAGCCCCGAGGUCAAGACCUUGGUUCCCAACCCGAAACGAUCUCCGGAUGCGUCGGUUCAAAUUAAAACCACUCGCGAUCAGGCCGCUCUGUACCGGCUGUCCGGUGAUCUGAACCCGAUGCACAUCGAUCCGAGCUUCUCCGCCAUUGCCGGGUACAAAGUUCCAAUCCUGCAUGGUCUGUGCACUAUGGGCAUUUCCGUGAAAGCUGUUCUUAAACAGUAUGGCAACGAUGACGCAAGCUUGUUCAAAGCUGCAAAGGUCCGCUUCUCAAAGCCAGUGUUGCCAGGGCAGACACUGCGGGUCGACAUGUGGAAGGAGGCGAACAAUCGCGUCUGUUUCCGAACGGUUGUCGUCGAAACCAACACAGAGGUGCUUUCCGGUGCCUACGUUGAUUUUAGGAAGAUCGUCUUGAAGCCCAACAUGACCGCUGGAAAGAGCCUGCAGAGCGAUGCCGUGUUCGCCGGUAUCAAGGACCGCGUGUCGGAGAACGAGGCAAAGGCUAAGGCCAUCAAUGCAGUGUUCCUGUACAAAAUCACCGACGGCGGCAAGGUAUCCAAAGAGUGGGUGUUGGACUUGAAGAACGCCAAGGUGUACGAGGGUCCGGUGCAGGGCAAGGCCGACACCACGAUGACCAUCUCCGACAGCGAUAUGGUGGAUCUGGCGCUGGGCAAACUGCAACCACAGGCAGCCUUCAUGAAGGGUAAACUGAAGAUCACCGGAAACAUCAUGCUGGCUCAGAAGUUGGCUCCGCUGCUCAAGACGGAAGCCAAGCUGUAACGGGUGUCCGCCGGGCCGUACUACAGCAUAAGUAUGUAACUAACAACAUUCUUUCUGUUAUCUAAUGGUGAUAUGACUGGUUUACUUCACAUUUUCACAAAGUCUAGCAUUUAAGCUAUAAAAUAGUAUUUUAGACAUCAACAAAAGAACAUUGUGGUUGAGAAUUAUUUUUUUCUGUAAAAUUGAGUGGAAAAGGGGCAAUAGUAAAACAAAUAUGAAAAGUAUGGAAAAUA